UUCAACAACGGUCGGCCCAAUCUUUCUCCAUUCCCACAAAAGCUUUUGAGAAAUUUUAGGCUACGACGGUUGAAAAUACAGUCGUCCCUCAAAAUUCUAAAAGAAGGCGCGUAAACAUUUGGACAAAGAGGGAAAAGUCGCUUCAGUAUCUCUCAACUGUGAAUAUCUAAACCCUAAGUUCUCAAACAGCCAUCCCUCUGCAACAAAAAAUAUCUCUCUCAGUCGCGCAUCUCUCUCUCAUCUUCGAGCUUUCCUCUCAGCCGCCACCAUAAAUCUCUAUUAACAGGUUUGUCUUCCAUCUAUAUAAGUUGUGGAUCUGCGGGAAAAUGUUCCGUGCGUGAUAGAGUUUAACGUGAAAAUAUGAUGCCUAAACAUGGUUAUUAAUUGAGUCAAGGGUUUUGAAUUUUAGUUAGGAUUUGAUUUGUUAGGGUUUAUUUUUUAACGCAAGGGUUCCAUUUUGACAAUAGGGAUUCCAAUUUUUAAUGAACUUUUGUUUGUAUGGGGUAUUGAUAAUGUAAAGGUAUGGUGUUUUCUUUGUUUAUGUUUCUUCUCUCCGUGUUGUUCAUGAGAUUGUAUUUUUAAGCCUUUAGGUAGGUUUAGAGUUUUUAAAAACUUUUGAUUGGAUUUUUGUGGUUGAGUUGGUUUCAAACCUAUAAUGUACUUUUGAUUGAUUGAAUUUUAGAAGAUUGUUGAGUUUGUCACUGAACAAGUCAAUGAAAUUAGUCAGUACUAUUCAACAUUGGCUAAGUUACUGGGCCCAACCUUAUGAAGAUAUGUACCUUGAAAGCUUAUUCUCCAUGGCUUGGAAAUUUGGAAAGUUUUAAAUGAUACCAUCGGUACGAUACUCACCAAUAUCAUCAUUUUAUGUUUUUGUUUAUAAUGAAGAGAAGGUAGCUCUGGUUGUGUUCUUCAGCCUGUAUCCAGCUCUCGGUAUCCAGCUCUAUGAUGAAUCAAUUCUUCUCCAAACUGCUCCUUCAAAGAAAGAAGCAGAGAAACGGGAAGCAUGGAAGAAGAAAGGUCAUGGGGAAUUUAGGGAAGUUACUGAAGGGGAUUUCUUGGGUGAAGUCACUGGAAGUGAAAAAAUUAUCUGUCAUUUCUACCACAAGGAGAUCUAUCAAUGCAAAGAGUGAUCAAUUUUAGAAAGUUCUAGUGGCUGUUGUUUUGGUGCCGUAGCUGCCAUAUUUUGGCCGAGUAGGAGAGGCAUGUCUCAGCUCAGAAAUCAGAGGUUAUGACAAAUUGGCUUUCGAGGGAAUUGGUGGUGUAUGGCCAAAGAUCUUCGGGUGCAUCUUCUGAUGGCAUGUCAGUCACCAUUAUGUAUCUAGCCUGCAGCCUAUAAUUCAUAGUAGUUGGUUCAAUUUGUUGAUUGAAGCGUGUAUAUGGCACCAAUUAUUUAUGCAUCUCAGUCAUCAAGUGCUUCAGAACAUGUGACUUCGACAGAAUAUGAUCAUGUAUAUGGCAUCAAUUAGGGCUAUUGAGAAUAAUUGUGCCAGCUCACUACUGUAACUUAGAUAGUUAAUGCCACAUUAGCUUGGUAGUUGUAACGGCUUAAGAGCUUGCUAUCUUAAGGUGCAAGUUUGUAAGCCUUAAGAGUAGAAUUUGGUCCAACUGAGUGUAGGAUAAGUAGCCUAUAAAUUCUAUAUUAUGCUGUGAAUCUCCAGUUAAGAAAAUGAUUCAAACGAAUAUACGAAAUUUCAAAUUUACCUUCU